CGUGUGCGGCUGGGGAAGCCAUUGCCUGUUUAAUAGUUGCUGGUGCUGCACUUCCGCUUCGCUCCCAGCGAGAGAGACACGAGUGGCCAGGCCCAGCCGCAGCCGCAGCAGCAGCCGCCGCGGCGGCACGGAGCAGCCAGACACAAAGAGAGGGGCUGUUUGCGGGGUGGGGUGGGGGGUUCGCUAUGUCGGAUGACGAUUCGAGGGCUAGCACCAGCUCCUCCUCAUCUACGUCCUCCAACCAGCAAGCCGAGAAGGAAACAAACACCCCCAAGAAGAAGGAGAGUAAAGUCAGCAUGAGCAAAAACUCCAAACUCCUUUCCACCAGCGCCAAGAGGAUUCAGAAGGAAUUGGCAGACAUCACUUUAGACCCUCCACCUAACUGCAGUGCUGGUCCCAAAGGUGAUAACAUCUAUGAGUGGAGAUCGACCAUCCUCGGGCCCCCAGGAUCCGUUUACGAGGGUGGUGUGUUCUUCCUUGAUAUCACUUUUACACCUGAGUAUCCCUUCAAACCUCCAAAGGUUACAUUUCGGACAAGAAUCUAUCAUUGUAAUAUUAACAGUCAAGGGGUUAUUUGCUUGGAUAUAUUGAAAGAUAACUGGAGUCCAGCACUAACCAUUUCUAAAGUCCUCCUUUCUAUCUGCUCACUUCUUACAGACUGUAAUCCUGCUGACCCCUUGGUAGGAAGUAUUGCUACUCAGUAUAUGACCAACAGAGCAGAACAUGACAGAAUGGCCAGACAGUGGACCAAGAGAUACGCUACAUAAAUUGAGUUUUCACAAUUCUUAUUUGUCUGUCACAGAGAGAGCUGCUUAUGAUUUUGUGGGGGAGGGUGGGAGUUGGUAAAGAGUAGGGUAUUUCUAUAACAGAUAUUAUUCAGUCUUAUUUCCUAAGAUUUUGUUGUAACUUAAGGUAUCUUGCUACAGUAGACAGAAUUGGUAAUAGCAACUUUUAAAACUGUCAUUAGUUCUGCAUUAUUAGCUGAAAUGUAGUACAGAAAGGAAUAGACAUUUGGGUUCAGUUGCUUGUAGUCUGUAAACUUAAAACAGCUUAAUUUUGUACAGAUUAAACACAUGGCCAUUUAUGUAAAAUCCUUCGAAGACUACACAUCUUUUUGUUUUAAAAAAUUGGAAUUUGUGUUUCCCUUCUUGGAAGGGAACAUUCAUACCAGUUUUUAGAAACUGUCAUCUCAUAUAUAUAAAAUGGACAUGUGGCUGUAAAACACCAUGUAGGAAAUGUAGUUACGUAUUUUAUUUUAUAUGCCAAUCUACUUUAUUGUGGAAAGAUUAGAGGUUUGAAUCAGGACUUGUGAAAACCUGUAGUAAAAUACCUUAAGCUGUUAAUUUUAAGACGUGGAAUAGGAGUUGCUCAGUGGAUUGGUUAUAUGUUGUGGACUACUUAAGUCUGCAUUUGUUACUGUGCUAAUAAACAAUAUUAAAACCA